AUGGUGUCUCCGCAGCCAUUUGCGCGCCUUGUCGCCGCCGAAAUUGACGGCCGCGCACACAAUAUCCGCUACAGGCAGUCCCAGUUCCACCGGCUGCAAACCGCCCUCGUCCAGCAUAUCGACCAGAUCAGGAGCGCGCUGCAGACUGACUCUGGAAAUGCCGCGGAGGAGGUCCAGGCGGAGAUUUGUCUCGCCCUGAAAGAAGUGCGGACGCACUACCUCUCGUUGAACUUAGAGGAUGAUCUGGAGAGGGAGUAUCGGGUUGCGAAGGGCAGGGAUAAUGGCGAUGCGCUGCGAGGGACGGGGAUUGUUUAUAUCAUUCCUGGGACACACACCAUGUUCUUUUCGGUGGUUUCGGCACUGUCUGCGGCUUUGGCGGCGGGGAAUUGUAUCAUUCUUGAGUUGGCGAAAAAUACAAUGGCCCUUCCUCCAUUGCUUCGGCAGAUUCUCCCCCAGGCUUUGGACGCAGAUACAUUUGCUAUUAGCGAGGAGAGACCGGAAGCUGCUUUUCUUAGCAAGACUUUGGUGGUUGCGCAAGUCAACACCCCUUCUAUCUCAGAGAGCAGCAUCGCAUCCCCGGUCACAGCCAAGACAGUCGCCGUUGUCGAUGGGACAGCCGACAUCCCAGCUGCUGCGAAAUCCCUCGUGGCUGCACGGUUCGCAUUCGGGGGUCGAUCUACAUACUCACCAGACGUAGUGUUCGUUCAGGAAUUCGCCAUGAAAGCAUUCGUCGAGGUCGCUAUCCUCCACUCGUCCAAGUACCUCUCUGGCCCUACCGGCGAGGAAAGGCAAAAGGCUGUUAAUCCACGUCGCACAAGCUCGGGUUUAUCAUUUAUAGAUCUAGCCCACAAAGAUCCCAGCGCACGGGUGCUGGUUUCUGGCACUGGAUGGGGUAUCGUCGAGGUCCAUAAUAGAGAAUCUCCCCUACUGCAGAAGAAGGUCGAUGAGAAAGUGCUUGUUUUGCAUCCGAUUACGAGUCUCGACGAUGCGAUUGACUUCAGCGCUUCGUUCGAAACUCUAGCAGCGACAUACGCCUUCGCCGACCCUCCGUCCGCCAAAUACCUAACCCAGUUCAUCGACGCCCACGCCUCAUGGAUAAACCAAGUGCCACUGGAGCUGCUCAUCGGACCUGCAUACCCAGUGAACUCCCAGCCAAGCCGCGAAACUCGAUACAGCACGGCGCUGUUCCAAGUCCCACGGCCACAGUUCGUCUCGCAAAGCAGCAGUGACGCGCUUGUACGCCGGGUCCUGGAUAAGCCCGGCUCGCAAGAGGCGAUUACGGCAUGGAAUGAAGCGGUUGCACCACUGCCGUCUACGGGGCAGAGAGCUGGGAAGAGUAUUGGGUUCUUCGAACAGGGUAUAAUUACCGGGGGUGUGAUCACGCUGUUUUCGUUUGUGGCGACGGUGUCGACGUUGGGGUUUUAUACGGUUUCGUUUUUGAGGAGGAGGUUUUGA